ACAGUUAUAAUUGACUUAUUGCAGUUAAAACACUAAUGUUUUACAAAAUAAAUUAGUUACGAAGGUAACUAUGUAUUGAUUUUCGCAAAAUCAUUUUUUCAUUUAGUUAUUAAAUGGAUUGAAAUAUACAAUUUGAAGCAAAAUGCAAUGUACUUACUUCUAAAAGGAUAAUUGUUCACAACUAUAAAAUAGAAAAUAUCGCGCAGUCUCAUUUAAAUAUAUUACGUCGAUUAAUUUUAUGUACAUUUCUGUCGCUAAGACGACGCUAUCCGUAAACUACGUGUAAGUACUAAAAUCAUAAAAGUACUCUAUUUUUUAAAGUGGAAGUGAAAGUAGGAAAAAAUGUCAUUAUAUGCAACACCAAUACUUUAUUUAAACAUGGGUGGUGAAAUGUUAUAUGUUUUGCGACAAAGAUUGAAGGCACAAAGGAUAAGUGUUGAUAAAAUUAUACAAGGCUAGUUUAAUACUAUACAAAAGAGUAUACAUUUGUUAGACGAGGUAACUGCUGCUUUACUUAAUCCUAAAAUGCUGUCUUCUGUAUUUGAGGAAAAAUCUUUGACUAAGAUAUCUCUUUUACGACCUACUUUAGAAUGUGUUGUAUUAUCAUCAAUAAUGAAACUUGAUAAAAGUAGUAUGAAUAAACUGUUCGAUCUAAUGAUCAUGAUGGUUAAAUAUCAGUUAACUGCAGCUACUGGUCCUGUAGAAAUUGUAUUGUUAACAUUAAACCAUACAGAUGCAAUGCGUGACAUGGUUAGCAAUCCAAAUGCUCAACAAUGUAUUGGAUUAGUACACCAAAUGGUAACCGAUUUUUAUGGUACAUUAACUUUUGAAGAAGUUUGGAAUGCCAGAAAUGAUUGUUUGAAAGAAUUAGAGUAUUAUUCCGUGAAAGUAUCUAUACUUCUUAGACUUGGAUUACAAAAUGAUGAUGGUAGCUUUAAUUCAUUCUACCAUAAAUACAAUGAAAAAUAUAAAGAAAAUAAAACUCGCCUUUCUAGUACAAGAUUAUGUGAUAUAGAUUUGAAAACUUACUGUGAUGGUUCUUUUAAUCUUUUUGGUGAACGAGGUACAAUACUGGGCAAAAAUAUGUAUUCGAUGUUGUAUGGCAUAUCAAAACUAACUUCUGAACAAGAAAAUCAUAAUUACGUUAAAGAAUGUGGUACAAAAGCAGAACUUGGUAUGUUAGCUGUUCAACUGGGAACUGAAGAAACUUUGUACAAACGACCUUUUACUUUGAAUUUAUUUUCAACUGAAGAUAAUGAUAAUACAAAUAUAGAAUGUGAGUCCGAUUCUAAGGAGGACAGUCAGAAUGACGUUACAGUUACAAAAUAUGAAAAAACGAAAUUUAAUGAAGAUUAUAAAACGAAACUUGAUAUUAUACGUACAGAUCUUUUUAAAGAUGAUCAUGAAGACAUAAAAUACAGCAUGAAUUUGUUAGAACUUUUAGAUAAAACAGAAUAAUAUUAUUUAAACUUAUUUUUUCGAUUACGCCAUGAUAAUUAAUAAAAUAAAUAAAAAUUUUCUUUAA